AUGCGAUUUUUGAAUGAUACGGUCCAGGUCCAUCAGAAAUUAGUGCUGUGGAGAAAUCCGCAGAAGACGGCCGAUUAUGCUAUAUGUGAUAGUAUCGAACUAUGGCAGGGCUUUAUCGUGUCGGCGAGUGGCGUCUUCGCCGUUGACGAAGACUCGUACUUCAGCCACUUGUGCGUCUCAGAGCAACCGGUGCUGUACACCACAAACAUGUUUUUGACCAAACUGGGCAUCCCAAGGCUGCCAAUAUUUGAGGAGAGCUGGACGGAGUAUGUGGACGAGCAGAAUACCUCGCCGUCUUUGGUGUUCCGCGACUCUGUGUAUCCUGCGAUCUUUGUGAUCAGCACAGCUGCCGUUUUUGCGGUGUUUCUGACAGCCAUUCUUUUCAACAAGCACCACAUUAGAUCACUGAAACCGACAUGGAUUAUGAAGAUAUCGAGCUUGCUGGCUACCGGACAGCUGAUGGCAAUCUAUAUCUACUCGCUCAUCUACUUGUCCAGACAACAUGCUAAAGGACAUGUCUCGGCUUUGGAGCUCGUCCAAUCCAUCACUGACUCGCUUGGAUUCAACAUCGUGUACAUCAUCAGCUAUUUUCUGUUGCUUCUGACGCAGAUCGAGGUGAUCAAAAAAAUGUUUUCUCGUAAAAGAGAACAGCAGCUGAUCCUGGUGGUCGGAGUCAGUCUCGCAAUCAUUUCGCAAAUCAUCUGGGCAGCCUCAACACUGGCCUCCAAGGCGAAUAGCUCCGCGGAUCAGAAUGUUGCGCUUGUCAUUCUGCCCGUGGUGAUGUAUCUGCUGCGAAUAUCGCUAUCGGUGCUUUACGACUGUCUUUUGCAAGUGUACGCCAUUUCCCGCAAAGAUCUCGCUUUCAAGCCUACCGUUCUGCCUUUGACGCUGCUCAUGGAGCUCUGCGCGAACGCGGCUGUCGCCUUCUAUAUUGCCGACCUGGCCAAUCCGUGGGUUAGUCGGCUCGCCGAAAUAUUCAACAUCACAUGCUCGCUGCUUGUCAACGUGGUCACCUGGGAGUGGCUCAACCGCAUGUACCAGCUGGACAAGUACCGCCAGAAACAGGGAGUUCUAGGUCGUCAGCUGUUUGAGGAAACAGACUCGCGAUACUCCAAAAGGUUCAAUCUCAAACCGAAAUUUGUCAAGUUCAAGAAGUCACUAAAACAAAAAGAGAUCAGCACCACCGCUUCCAACGCGUACCUGCCGGAUGAAGUGUACAUCUACAGUCCGAAACAGAUGAUCGUGCCUCCAACGUCGUUAGUUUCGCGGCCAAUCAUCCGCGGGGACAGGAGAAGAGACCCUGUGGUGCACGAUAUCCGUCAACUCUCGCAAGUCGAGCCGGAGUCGGAAGAGGAAUCUGAAGAAGAACGGCUACUAAGACGCAUUCGAGAGCAGAACGAAGAACAUGUUUAA